AUGUCAUUUGGUGUACCUUUGUCUCAACUGAUACAAGCGCGUGCAGAUCAUGUACGAAGUGGCAUUGAGAGUUUAGACGAUUCAUUGAAUGACGGAUUCCAACCACAGAGUAUCUACGAGGUUUACGGACCUCCAGGAAUUGGCAAGACAAAGUUCGCGGUACAAUUAGUGAACAAUAAUCAGAAUAGGAUGAAAUGUCUGUGGAUUGACACGUUCCAGCAAGUACCACUGAAGCUUAUAGAGCAAGGAGAUGAGGACGAAGUCCAUUUCAAAGGGUGCCAAUUCGCAAGAGUGAAGAAAUUUGCUCAACUGUGGUACAUGUUUCAGAAUUUAAAAGAGACGUACGGGCUCAUAAUAAUCGAUGGUUUAUCUCAGCUUUUGGUAGAGUAUCUCCAUAUGUACGAGAAGAACAGUGGAUAUUCUAACCAUCGACAGACCUUGCACGAUUUCAAGGUGAAAAGUUUGAUACAAUUGCUUGUCACCAUAACUAAAUACGCCACUUCAAACAAUACGGUGGUGGUAUUACUUAAUGACGCUAUGAACACAGGUUACCAGGACUAUUCAGACGAUGCAGUUGUCUCAUACAACGAUCCCAGCAACGGAACCCACUCAGAUGGUUCCUUUAGCAAUUUCCUCGUGAAAUCUCAACGGAAACGUCACGUGCAAGUGUUGAAGAGUGGAUUAGUAGCAAAUGCAGCCGUUGGAAGUAAAGAUGCCCGUUGGGAGGUGUUUCUUCGAUGCAGGAUCGGUGUGUUCUGGAAUUGGGAUGCAGAACAAAAGCAGAAUCCUAACUCCCAGAAAAGAAUCAUCCCCGAGGUAUCACGGCAGUUUGUUGUACAACAUCAACAGCCAGUGGGCUCGAAGAAUAAACUGGUUUGGGUUAAGACUAAUGAAUCUGGGAACUUUUAUAGCUGUCACACAACUAUAGUCGCAGAAAACCCAACAACUGCUGUCACUGACAAUCUUCUUCCUACGAACACUUCCUCAAGUGCGACAGCUGCUGCUGCUGCAGUAGCCGCAGCACCGGUGCUUCCCCCAAACAAGAGAAGACGGGUUUUAUACACGGAGCCAAGUCCGAGCCGUAUGCUAUUAGAUGUUCAAAGUCACAGUCAGCCCGUAACACCAAACUCUUCGCAAUCAAUCCAGUUUACACCACGAAUCGUUCAUUCAGACAACAUUGUGGCAACUCAUGGAACUGAAGGCACUGACAACGACGCUAUCAUAUAUGAUAGUGAAGGAUAG